GUGUCCCCUCCCCAUCCUGUUCCGCCGCUAUCCCACAGAGCCCCUCACGGUGCCGUUCCUGUUCCGCCAUUAUCCCACAGUGCCCGUGUUUCCCCAUUCUAUUCCUCCACUAUCCCACAGUGCCCCGUGUCCCCUCCCCAUCCUGUUCCGCCGCUAUCCCACAGUGCCCCGCUCUCCUCCAUCCCCUCACGCCGCCGCUCUCCCCCAGCGCCCCGCGGCCCCGCGCAGCCAUGGCGUACCGCGGGCAGGGCCAGAAGGUGCAGAAGGUGAUGGUGCAGCCCAUCAACCUGAUCUUCCGCUACCUGCAGAACAGAUCCAGGAUCCAGGUGUGGCUCUAUGAGCAGGUGAACAUGAGGAUCGAGGGCUGCAUCAUCGGCUUUGAUGAGUACAUGAACCUGGUGCUGGACGAUGCUGAGGAAAUUCACUCCAAAACCAAAUCCAGGAAACAGCUGGGUCGGAUCAUGCUGAAGGGAGACAACAUCACCCUCCUGCAGAGCGUCUCCAGUUAGGGGCAGCAGCUCCAGCUGGGAAUGGGACUGGGAGCUCUGGAAAACGGGAUGAGCCACGGGGGAAAGCCCUCAGCUCCUCUGGGAACCGUGUUUUGUAGUUGGGGCUUUUCUUUGGGGAAUAAAAUGGGGUUUUGUAACAAAA